CAGCGCAAACUUUAAAAAUGGCAGUUUCUCGGGUUGCUGGAAUGAACAAAAAGCCUAACUCUAAAGGUAAGCCUCCAAAAUCAGUACGGUACACCGGGGCAACAAAAGAAACUCAAACCUAUCCUGAUGAGUUAGCAUUUUCAGGACCUUGUUUGAGUGGCAAGACUAGGAAUGAAGAAUCAAGAGAUAAUUUUGUUUUACCAACAGUGGAAGAGAGGCUUGCACAGUUGCGUCCUUCUAAAGAGCUUUUAGAUUUUUAUAGAAAAAAAAUUUCUGAAUAUGAUGAAGAAGCAGAUGAAAUGAUUAAAAAAAUCAACAGCUUUUUAAAAACAUGUGAAAAACAGUAUGAGCUUGAGGCAGAAUUAAGACAACGAGAAAAAGAGAUAGCCACUCUUCAAGAGGCAUUAAGUGAUUUGCAAGUUUGUCUUUUCCAAGAGAGAGAGCAUGUGUUGCAGUUAUACUCCCAAAUUGAUACAUUGAAAGUGAAGGAUGUUGUAAAGCACAGAAAAAAACAGGAAUCACCAAAAACUUUACCCAAAGAACAUAAAGGAGGGGAUGAUGUAAUUUGUUUUAUUGAUAAAGACAGUGACUUCAUCAUACCCCAGUAUGGGCAAGGAAAACCUUGGUUUAAAAUACCAGACCAAACUCAAUCCAAGAAGCCUGCUUCACAAGAACUGCAUUCUAAGCAUUAUGUAUAUGACGAAGAUCAAAUUCAACCUACUAUGUCUUUAAGACCAACAUUUAAUGAUUCUGAAAAUCUUCGUAUUCAGGUUAAAACUCUUGAGACUCAACUAGAAGAACAAAAACAGCUAUCACAGGAUCAAAUAGAAGCACUUACUGAGGAAUGUCAUGUUGUCAGAGCAGAGGCUAAGGCACAAAGAACUAGGGAUACUGAGAAAAUUAAUACCUUAUCAAGCAAGUUAAAACAGGCACAAGAGUUACUUCACCAAAGUACACGAGAUUUCAUAGAACUGAGACGUUCUACAAGGACAAAUGAGAGACUUUGGAUGGUUGAGAAAGAUGAGUUGCUGCAAGAAUUGGGCACAGUUAGAGAGCAGUCAAAGGAAGUGGAAAAGAAGAAAAACAAAUCAAAUGACCAGAGGCCUUCGACUAUUGUUAUUCAAACACCUUCUGAUAAAACUGACAGGUCCAAGGAAUUAAUAUCUGAGAUAAAAUCUCUGAAGACCCAGUUAGGACAGACACAAAAGUUAGCUGAGAUGUAUCAAGCUCAAGUAGUAAAAUUAGAAGAUGAAACAUCUCGGUUAAAAGAAGAGAAAUCAUUCUCCCAAGAUCUGUAUAAGGACAGAACAGGUAAACUAAACAGUAGACUUCAAGUUUUAAACUCUCGAUACCAGGAUCUUGAAAAAAGACAUCGAAUAGAAAUAGAGGGUUUUCGAUCAGACAUCAAAGGACUUAGAACAAACUUAAAGGAUAUUGAAAAACAAGUAUGGAAGGCUGCCAUCCACUUUGGUGAAGAUGACAAAGAUCUUGUUAUGCUACGAACAAUUAAAGAAACAUCUGAAAGGUCCAACCAGCUGACAGGCGACUUAAAAGGAUUAAAAGCAAAGUUGUAUCGGCUAGAAAAUGACCUGCGACACUUAUAACACAACAUCGAUAAGACAUUUGUAUUAUAUGUAUAUGUAUACUGUAACAUUUUUAUUAUAUGAAGUGUAACAUUAACAAAACCAAAACUCGGCAGUAUCUAUGGUAACACAUCAGUGAUUUGAAACUAAAUAUCAAGCAUUUCUUAAAAUAAUUCAUCAUGAACACACUUCUCUGUUAAGUAACUUAAUUCUUUAAUUAAGAUGUGCUUCUCUGUAUCUAAUAUUUUAUCUUUGUAUGUCCGUUGUCUAAUUGUUAAUAAUGACAGAAAAUAGAGAAGUAUAGUUUGUAAAAUAUUUUUUCAUUAAUUAAAAUAUAACAUAUAUAAUAAAAUUGAUUGUUAUAAGGGAUGGCCAUAAACCUACAGAAAUAAAUUGAUGAUGCAAGAACUUGGUAUAUUUAUUCAAUGACUCAUUUUUUGUGUAUGUGUCAAAAUUUAAACAUUGUUGAAGAAGUUUUGCUUUUCUAGUGAUAGACGUAUAUUUUUUGGUGAAGCUAAGAACAAAUAUAUAGUUUCCAAUUUAAUCCUAUUGUGUAAUCUACAGCACAGUUCCACAUGUGUUUAGUGAAUUUGUGUAUGAAGCAAAAUAGACUGUAUUGUGGUAAAGUUAGCAUAAUUUUAUGAAAGCUGAAGAUUACUUUCAAAAGAAUGUAUAUUACUAUAAGAAUUUUAUAUUAGAAUGUCCUAUUAACUCGUGUCUUCCAGAAAUAAAAUUUAUGUUAAUGGAAUAAGAAAAAUACUGCGUAGAAGAAUCUUUUAUCAUAUUUAUUUAUGAACCUGUUUAUUCUACAUUUUGUUGAACCCAGUUUAGGGCUGUCAUUUAUAGCCCUAUACAAUAAUAUUGUAUUUUUGAUAUUUUUAUUAACAAGUAAACUUAUACACAGUUUGAAAUCAUCCAUCUUUUCAUUAUUAUAAUAAAUAGCCACACACCUUCAGUAAAUUGUUGGUUG